AUGCCACAAGAGAUGGUAAGAGAAGCUGGCACCCCUCAUUAUGGAGCUAUCACGCUCUCGGUCCAGGAGUUGGAGAGGAGAGAAGAGGAGAUUUGCCAGGAGCUGGAGCGUCUUAGUGUCCAGGGACUGCCAUCAGAAAUGUAUUCUCUCACAGUUCUGGAGGCUGGAAGUCUGAAACCAAGGCUAUCUGGAGACCCUAAGAGAGCAGAGGAGAAAUUUCACCUCACCUACAAGUCUCAAGGUGACCUCAAAGAGGCUACGGAGGUGCAGCUGUGGGCUAAUGAAGUCCAAGGCAACGGCAUAUGGAGGGCACAGGGAGGGAAAGGAGAGGAUGGGUUCAAGAGUUCAGGACCUCUCUGGGGAUACUGCUCUUGUCUUGCUCAGAUCCCAUUUGUUGGGCAAGGCCAGCGCCACCCCCCCCCCACGUCUGCCACUGCAUCUAGAGAACGCUGGCCGCCAGCAGUGCAGGUGGGCAGAGACCAGAGGUGUUUACGUCAGGAGCAUCUAAAGGCCUUCGAUGAUGAAAUCAAUGCUUUUUUGGACAAUAUGUUUGGACCUCGAGAUUCUCGAGUCAGAGGAUGGUUCAUGUUGGACUCUUACCUUCCCACCUUUUUUCUUACUGUCCUGUAUCUGCUUUCCAUAUGGCUGGGUAACAAAUACAUGAAGAACAGAGCUGCUCUUUCCCUCAAGGGUAUCCUCACCUUGUACAAUCUCGGAAUCACACUCCUCUCCCUCUACAUGCUGGCAGAGCUUAUUCUCUCCAGUUGGGAAGGAGGCUACAACUUACAGUGUCAAGAUCUCGCCAGCGCCGGGGAAGCCGAUGUCCGGGUAGCCAGGGUGUUAUGGUGGUACUACUUCUCCAAAUCCGUAGAGUUCCUGGACACAGUUUUCUUCGUUUUGCGGAAAAAAACCAGUCAGAUUACUUUUCUUCACGUAUACCAUCACGCCUCCAUGUUUAACAUCUGGUGGUGUGUUUUGAACUGGAUACCUUGCGGGCAAAGUUUCUUCGGACCCACCCUGAACAGUUUUAUCCACAUUCUCAUGUACUCGUACUACGGCCUUUCUGUGUUUCCAUCCAUGCACAAGUAUCUUUGGUGGAAGAAAUACCUCACACAGGCUCAACUGGUGCAGUUCGUGCUCACCAUCACGCACACCCUGAGUGCGGUGGUGAAGCCCUGCGGUUUCCCCCUGGGCUGUCUCAUCUUCCAGUCAUCCUACAUGCUGACAUUGGUCAUCCUCUUCUUAAAUUUUUACGUCCAGACAUACCGGAAAAAGCCAGUGAAGAAGAAUAUGGAAGAGCCACCUGCAGGGAAAGAAGUUAAGAAUGGUUUUUCCAAAGCCUACUUCGCCGCGACUAAUGGGGUCAUCAACAAGAAAGCGCAAUAAAAGUCAAGUAACAGACAAAGCAUAUAUAAUAGCCUAACAGAUUCGCUUGUUUUAAAGCAAAGACUGAAUUGAAAGUUAUAUAUGUUUUAGCAUAAACUAAUUUCUUUUGAGUUUAUAAAUCAUUUGUACUCGGAAUGUAUUAAUAUAUUGCUAUGAGGUUAAUCUGUUCCCUGAAUGCUUCCGUCAGCACACCGUGUCACCUCAGACACCGAGCUCUGCAGACCUCAGAUCUGGUGCCACUUCUCUCUCCUCCUCCGCACAGACUGAACCCCUCGCCAGAAACUCUCUAACGCCUUAUACACAAACAAAGCCAGGAAACAUGGAGCCUUGUGUUCCGAAGCCAGUCUUCAAAUAGUUUUAUUCAGAUUAAAAUGUUUAAAACAAAAUGUUAAUUGCCUUCUAGCUACAGGGUCUUAAUCUAUAUUAAGCAAUAAUUGCUUAGUCCUUAUUAAGCAAUAAAGUCAUCCAUUCCAUUAGGACUCAACCCCAGAAAAUACUAAAAUGGAUUAUAAAUGGAAGACAGGAAAAUCUAGCAAAACUUCUUUUAAGGUAGUGUCUGUCAAAUUCCUAUACUAAGUCUCAACUUAGUGACAUGGUAAUGAAAUUUAUAUUUUAUUUUGACAAUUAUUUUUUCUAAGAAGAAAAAAAUCUUCUGCCAAAUGCUUCUAGCUCAGGGGCUUCAGAUAGGAGUCAUUCCUCAGUUUUAAUUUGGUUUCCAUGCCUAUUCAUAUAUUCAUGCUACCUCCUAUGUUAAAUCCCCCUAGGUUGGGUUGUAAACAGACACCUUGCUCAGUUUUGAAAGCAGGAUUUAAUCUGGCUGCCCAUUUCCUUUCUGAUCAAGGAAUCUUCCCUUCUCCCUGGAAGGAUAAGCCACUGGAAUGUUUAUAAAUCAGAGCAGUUGGGGCAACACAUUGAAUUUGUCCACUAUUUGUUGUAACCCCCACAUACCUGCUGGCACUAUUUGCAGGAUAAGUUUUGGAAAAUGGGAAGAAAAAAAGGACGAUGGAAAGAUUCCUAUGACCCUCAAUGAGAAGUGCCAAUUUGGCAAACUCAGCACGCCCCUCCCCGGCCCAGGGAGCACGCUUUCUACUGAGAGCAAGCACAACAGCAGAGGAAAGCAGUAGUGAAUAGAUUUUUUUUUUCCUCCCCAAGUAUUGGACUUUACUAUUGCACCAAGAAUGGAAACAAUAUUUUUUUGAAGCUGUGAGGAAGAUUUAGACCCUAUAACACAAGACUUGCCACCUUUGACACUUUUUCUUUCCUACCCUCUCCUUAAAAUAACUUGUAGUUCGUAAUGUUGAGGUCGGAUGUGCAAGUGACAGAAACGCAUGCUCACUGCUCCCUGGACCCCGUCCAGUCUGUGCAGGAGUGCCUUUCCGUCCUCCUUGCCCUCUCGCUUUCUAAAAUUCUUUUCCCUGUUUAAAAAAGAGCGUGGACUCUGGUACGACGUUGAACGGAGACCCUGAUGGUGUUUUCUCCCUUCUUGCUCACGUCCGCCGCCCUCUCAGGACCUGGCCCACUUUGCGGAAGGUGACGGAUCUUAGCUGGCCGGCGUGGCAGACGUGCGGUGCAUGUCUGUACAUGCAACAUGCGGGGACUUGGUCCGUUUUUACUGAAUGCACAUUUCUGACACCCACUUGCUCUUGGAUUUAUUUUUCUAAAAAGUUUUCUAAAACUGAUUUUUCUAGGGUGCUUCAUCCCUACCUCCUUCCAUCCCAUACUAACAGUAUUGUUACGAGUUUCAUUCUCUCCCAGAAAUUCGUUUUAAAAUAAGGGCUAGCCUCAAGUAUGCCUCCGAGUACUCCUCUAUAACAAAACACAGGUUGGACUAAGACGACCGCCCUUCAGAGCAACUGGACUCCAGUUCAGUUUUAGGUCCCAAGAAAGGGCUUGAGCAUCUGUUCUCAAAGUGCAUCCCGGGAGAAAAUGAGAGCCAGGGAGAAGCCGGACCUCACCGGACAUUCGUUGUUUGCACUUGGUUCUCAGCGGUCAGGGAGGCCCUAACGUCUCCCCGCUCUGCGUUUACCUGCAGCUUGGGUGCUCUCCUGGACUUGGUAUCGGCAGAGCAGGGAGGGUAGCCAUCCUUCAGCAGAAUGACCGAGGGCCCCAGCUGGCAGCAGAGGGCAGGGGGAGACCUCGCGGGUUGCAGGACGCUGUUUCCCAUGGCGUCUUUAGCUAGUGAAGCAAAUCAAACACUUCUAGCCUUAAACCAUUCAAGGGCUGAUACAAU